GCAUCGAAAGAUCGUGAGAUCUUUACUCCGAAUUUAAGAUUCAUGAAAAGUCCUUUCUAUCACCAAUUAGCUAGAUAGGAUUUCUCUGUGAGUCCCUUAGAUCGCUCUUGUUGAGCCGGUUUCUCGAUGCUUCCUGCGUCAUUGAGUGUACAUGGGUGCGUGUGUGUGUGUGUUUCUACCAUUUGGCAGAAAAAAAAAAUGAAUGGCUUAUUUGACCCGGCAAUUGUCGGAAAUAUGAUGACUUGACUUUUACCUAUUCGCUUAUUGGAAGUCAUCCCGUCCACAUCUUUUGGUUACAUCACAAGAAGUUUUUGGCUUAUAUUCUCCUAUUUGGUCAGCACUAAAACAGGGAGGAUCAUUUUGAGUCUUCUUGUCAAGCCUUUAAAAUUGCAGGGAUAUUGUUAUUAGGUGGGUGAACCAAGUAAAAAAAUUGCAGCGUAACACUACUGAGAUAGACUGAGAAGCUUUGCUUGCCACUAAGCUUUAGGUUCGAGAAUGGCAGGAGAGGGUGUCAAAUUGCUGGGAUACUGGGGAAGCCCUUUUGCACUCAGGGUUAGGUCGGCGUUGAAACUCAAAGGCAUUGAAUAUGAGUACCAAGAAGAAGAUCUUGGAAACAAGAGCCCCCUGCUCUUGCAGAGCAAUCCUGUUUAUAAGAAGAUUCCAGUUCUGCUGCACAACGGGAAAUCAAUAUCAGAAUCCCUCGUAAUACUGGAGUAUAUCGAUGAAGUUUGGAAGCAUAAUCCACUCCUCCCUGAAGAUCCUUAUGAAAGAGCUAGAUCGCGCUUUUGGGCCAAAUUUGUUGAUGAGAAGUGUGUGCCUGCACUGGUAGGAACAAUCUCCAAAGUCGGGGAGGAGCUGGAAAAGGGUGUAAGAGAAGCUCGUGAACAUCUGAAGACCCUAGAAAGUGGACUGGAUGGGAAACGCUGUUUUGGAGGCACGAAGAUAGGUUUUGCAGAUGUUGCUAUUGGCUGGAUUGCAUACUUGGCUAGAAUCGAGCAGGAAGCUUUAAAGAUACAACUCAUUGAUCAGCAAAGUAUGCCUGUGCUCGCUGCAUGGAUUGAUUACGUCCUUGAAGAUCCAGUCAUGAAAGAAUUAAUGCCACCUCACGACAAAGUGUUCAAGCACAUGAUAGGUAUGCGUGAGAAGCUGAUAGCAGUUGUAUCAAAUUGAAGUGUAACACUGUCAAUUCGAUUCACGGGUUCCUGCAUAUGAUUUGUCUAAGUCUACUACUAAGAUCAACGAUGCACCAGCUAUAGCAGAAUAAAAUACUCUGAUGAGAAACAGGCAGUUGUGUGCUAGCAGAUAAGUAAAUUAUGCAACUAAACCAUGUGUGUUAUGAGAUGUUAUUCAGAAUUAUUGGCUUCCAUCAGCUUUGGAUAUUAUGUGGCAGCAUGAAAAAAAUUUUAAGCU